AGCCUCCCAGUAGCCUCUGCGACGGGCGUGGUGCGUAAGGAACUGGCCGGCGGUGGCGGUUCUGUGUAAGAUGGCGGACCGGCGGCGGCAGCGCGCUUCGCAGGACACGGAGGACGAAGAAUCUGGCGCUUCGGGCUCAGACAGCGGCGGUUCCCCGGCGCGGGGCGGCGGCAGCUGCAGCGGCAGCGCUGGAGGCGGCGGCAGCGGCUCUCUGCCCUCCCAGCGCGGCGGCCGGGCCGGGGCCCUUCAUCUGUGGCGGGUGGAGAGCGGGGGGGCCCAGAGCGCCGAGGAGUCGGAGUGUGAGAGUGAAGACGGCAUCGAGGGCGAUGCUGUUCUCUCAGAUUACGAAAGUGCAGAAGACUCAGAAGGUGAAGAGGAAUACAGUGAAGAGGAAAACUCCAAAGUGGAGCUGAAAUCAGAAGCUAAUGAUGCUGCCAAUUCUUCAGCAAAAGAAGAGAAGGGGGAAGAUAAGCAUGACCCCAAAGGCACUGUGACUGGAGAGAGGCAAAGUGGGGAUGGACAGGAGAGCACAGAGCCUGUGGAGAAUAAAAUGGGUAAAAAGGGCCCUAAACAUUUGGAUGAUGAUGAAGAUCGAAAGAAUCCAGCGUACAUACCCCGGAAAGGGCUCUUCUUUGAGCAUGACCUUCGAGGCCAAACCCAGGAAGAAGAAGUCAGACCCAAGGGGCGUCAGCGAAAGCUAUGGAAGGAUGAGGGUCGUUGGGAGCAUGACAAGUUUCGGGAGGAUGAGCAGGCCCCGAAGUCCCGACAGGAGCUCAUUGCUCUUUAUGGCUAUGAUAUCCGCUCAGCUCACAAUCCUGAUGACAUUAAACCCCGAAGAAUCCGGAAGCCCAGAUUUGGAAGCCCUCCACAAAGAGAUCCAAACUGGAUUGGUGAGCGGCCAAACAAAUCCCAUCGCCACCAGGGACCUGGGGGCACCCUACCACCAAGGACAUUUAUUAACAGGAAUGCUGCAGGUACUGGCCGCAUGUCUGCACCCAGGAAUUACUCUCGAUCUGGGGGCUUCAAGGAAGGUCGUGCUGGUUUUAGGCCUAUGGAGGCCGGCGGGCAGCAUGGAGGCCGGGCUGGUGAGACUGCUACGCAUGAGACUAAUUACCGGUCACGGCGCCUGGAGCAGACUCCUGUGAGGGAUCCAUCUCCUGAAGCAGAUUCUCCAGUGCUUGGUGGCCCUGAGAAGGAGGAGACAGCCUCAGAGACACCAGCUGCAGCUCCUGACACGACACCACCAGCCCCUGACAGACCCAUCGAGAAGAAAUCCUAUUCCCGGGCAAGAAGAACCCGAACCAAAGUUGGAGAUGCAGUCAAAGUUGCAGAGGAGGUGCCCCCUCCCCCUGAAGGGCUGACCCCAGCUCCUGCAGUUCCAGAAACUACCCCUCCUCCACCUGCUAAGACUGGGAACUGGGAGGCUCCUGUGGAUUCUACCAGUGGACUUGAACAAGAUGUAGCACAACUAAAUAUAGCAGAACAGAAUUGGAAUCCAGGGCAGCCUUCGUUCCUGCAACCACGGGAGCUUCGGGGUAUGCCCAACCACAUACACAUGGGAGCAGGACCUCCGCCUCAGUUUAACCGGAUGGAAGAAAUGGGUGUUCAGGGUGGUCGAGCCAAACGGUAUUCAUCUCAGCGGCAAAGACCUGUUCCAGAGCCUCCCGCCCCUCCUGUGCAUAUCAGUAUCAUGGAGGGACAUUACUAUGAUCCACUGCAGUUCCAGGGACCAAUCUAUACCCACGGUGACAGCCCUGCCCCACUGCCUCCGCAGGGCAUGAUUGUGCAGCCAGAAAUGCAUCUCCCCCAUCCAGGUUUACAUCCCCACCAGACGCCAGCGCCUCUGCCCAAUCCGGGCCUCUAUCCCCCACCAGUGUCUAUGUCUCCCGGACAGCCACCACCUCAGCAGUUGCUUGCUCCCACUUACUUUUCUGCCCCAGGAGUCAUGAACUUUGGUAAUCCCAGUUACCCUUACGCUCCAGGGGCACUGCCCCCACCACCACCUCCUCAUCUGUAUUCUAACACACAGGCCCCAUCACAGGUAUAUGGGGGAGUGACCUACUAUAACCCAGCCCAGCAACAGGUGCAGCCAAAGCCCUCCCCACCACGGAGGACUCCCCAGCCAGUCACCAUCAAACCCCCUCCACCUGAGGUUGUAAGCAGGGGCUCCAGUUAAUAUGAGUUUCUGAAUAUUUUUAAGCUAACAUCAUAUAAAAUUUCAUUUGGGAAGCUGCAAGGAAGAAAUGUGGAUGUGCCAUCUACACUUGAUCAAGGAAAAAGGAAAUCUAAAUUUGACAGCAGAAAGAACCAGUUCUAAAGAUCAUAGAAGAGAAAGACACUGGGGUUUUUUGGUGGUGGUGGUGGUUUCUGUUUUGUUUAAGGGCAUCACUUGAAAGCAUUAUUUAGAAAUGUAGAUUUUUGAAAAUGGUUUAUAAAUGCCCAGAAGGUCCACUAACAUUUUGGUGGGUCUUCCGUUUUCCCAAUCCUUGUCAGAACAGCAGAGAUGAGAACUCAGGAGAGAAGAGAAAUACGACUGGCUGGCUACUCCAGGCGGGCUUCAAAGAUACAGGGUGGCUCCUACCAGUGACAGCUGAAGGAGGAAGACCCCUGCCUUCCUCUGAGGACAGGCUCUGUUGGAGAGGGAGAGAAACGAUGGACUUCCUCCCACCUACACUCUACUUGAGGUGGCUGUGCUCAGGGGAGCGGAGAUCCAGGCAGCCCUGGCUUCUGAUUCUAGAUCCAGAAGCCCACAGCUUUGUUCUGCUUCACUUUCUCCUAGGAAAUUCAAGUGUCUUCUGGUCCCAGGGAAGUUCCUUCCUGUUCGCUUUUGUUUUGUUUUGUUUUCUGAGAUGCUCAUUUUUAAAGCCUGGCUUGCUGUUCUUUAAUUAAUAUUCUGUUAGUUUCUUCUCUCUGUUUCUUGCUCUCUUUCUCUCUCUCUCUACCUUUAAAUGAAACAGGCUCAUUCUUUUGGUUUACUGACCCAUCCAUGUUCCCUUUUGAUUCUUUGCUGUAUCCCAGAUAAUUGAGAAUGUAUCAGCCAGCCUUUCCCCAAGUCUGAGCUGGCGUUUGCUAUUCGCUUGUAUACUUGGAUUCUCUUAACUCUUCUAACCCUAUGGAAGCAAAGCUGUCUGUGUAGUUUCCCAUUGAGAAGAAAAGCUCAGAGUGGGCGAGUAGGAGCCCUUUUUGGCUUCAUUUUUUACAAGUCUGAGCCUCCAUUAGUACCUGUAAUCUGUGGGGUUCAGUCUUCCGUUGAGGAGAGAUGGCAAGCCAGAUGCAUUUGUGAGCAAGAGCGGGUGGAGGAUGGGCCUUUGCACCGUAGGGGUGUAUAUUCACACAGUGCUCAGGGCUCAGCCUUUGAGGUAAGUGGAAUUAGAGGACCCUGCUUCUCUUUUUUUCCAUCCCAACAACCGCAUCCUCUUUCCAGUUGCUGUGGACCAAUGCAUCUCUCUAGAAGAAAAUACUAUCCAGCAAGCAACCUAGCCUGUCUUUUGCCAUUGCUCUUCUCCAUGUCUUUCCUUCUACAGAUGUUUUGGAUGUUGUUUGAUUUUUCCCAAACUGUACUCCUGUUCUUGGAAACAGGAGAUACCACACCUGGGCUUAAGGCCUAAGGAAGCCAGUCACCUUGUGGGUUAGGGCUCCGCCCUCCAUUCCUCUCUGUCCAUGGCACUGAACCACCCCCUGCUGCCUCUGCAGAAGAGAAUCCUGUUACUGCUCCACCUGUGUCUGCCAGGGGUGACUUGGCCACUGUCGCUGUGCUCCUCCAGAACCCGAUGGAGAAGGUGAUGGCUGUGUCUCUUCCCUAGUAGUGUCACUAAUUCCUUCCCUCCGGCAGUUGGCCUAACCACUCCUGAGUCACAGGUGUGGGGUGGGGGUGGGGGGGCACUCAAGCUGUAAUCCCCCUGGGAGGAGAUAAUUAAGAGAUUCUUCUAGGGGUAGCUGGUGAUUGUGCCUUUUGUAGGCUUCCCUUUGCCUUAAACCUGAAGAUGUCUCCUCAAGCUGUGGGCAGCAUGCCCAGAUUCCCAGACCUUACUACACUGUGACAGUUGUCUCCAUUGGUCCACUGUGUUUAGUUGCAAGGAAUUCUCCAUGUGUGGUGUUGUUUUUUUGUUACUGUUUUAAAGGGUGCACAUUUGUGAUCUGCAUUGUGACUUGGAGAUAAUAAAAUUUAGACUAUAAACUUGG